AUGGCGACCGCCGCUGUUUCCGACCUUUCCCGCCGGGCAGUCCCCUGCACAGCCAUGAGAACUCAGUCCACCUCUCGCCAGCAUCUACCAUCAUUUUCUGGUCCGCCUCUCGCCGCGCAUACCCCUCGCCGUCAUCACGCUAUCGUCAGCUUCCGCCGCUCGUCCCUCGCAGGAAUCGCGCGAGUGACAGUAUCGAGAGCCAAUCUUAGCCGCACAUCCGUCACGCGACCUCUCUCGAGGCGUUUGCCGCCCUCGAUUCGCGCCUUCACAAACCAACCGGACGCGGCGCGACCCGGCAGCAAGGCAUCCUGGAUCGCGGCAACAGAUGCGGCUCCGUCCCUCCUCGACACGUCCCGACGACAAGCCGCCGCUGCUGCACGUUCCCCUGCCGCCGCCGCUACCUCCGCUUCUGCCGCUGCUUCUACCACAGCUGCCGCUGCCGCGGCGCUCGAGGACUCGUUAUCGAGUCGCGGCAUUCCCGAGGCGUACUCAACGGACGCGCAAAUCCUGAGCGGCGAGGUGGAGGGAUUCGCGGGAAUGAACGAGGAGGGCGAGUGGAUUCUGCUGUUGCCGUCGGGUCGCAAGCGGCAGUACCCGCGAAAGCGCCGCUCGAAACCUCGAGUUCCUCUCGCCAUUGACCCCGUUGACCGCGUUGACGCCGUUGAUUCUGUUGACGCCCCUCGAAACGCCGCAUCCAGCGUCCGUCUGCCGUCAGAUGUGUCGCAGAUUGAAGAUUCUACGCCGUUCGUGGUCAGCAGCGGAAGAUCAAAUCUGCUGCCUGUCGUGAAUCCCGAGCUUUCAGGCUCUCCUGGGGCGCCACGUGGCAGGCAUCCGUCCCCUAAAGCCUUAUCCGAAGCGGCAGUGAGGGUGAGAAGGGAAAGGCAGAAGUUGCAGCAGCAGCGCCAGCAGGGGGGCGACGCGCUAGUUAAUGACUAUAACGAAGGGUCGAAUGAUGCGACAAAGGCUGAUGUGACUGAAGCGGACGAUGUUUUCUUCUCUGCGCCUUCCACACCCACCUCCCCUUCCUCCUCCUCCUCUUCCUCCUCCUCCUCCCCCUCCCCGCUCUCCCCUCCCUUAUCCCUAGCCCUGCUGGACGAGGUGAGUGUCGAGCAGCUGGAGCGAGGCCAAGUGAAGGGCGGCGGGGAGAGGGGAAGACGAAGGGAGUGGCAACCUACGAACCCUCAAGUCCAGGAGCACAUGGCGCUGGCAGAGAGGAAGGCGGGCAACACAGCAGCCGCCAGGACGUGGUACCGCCGCAGUGCACAGGGCUAUGAGGAGGCUCUGGCGGUUGGCACUGGCUCCCCGCACUCAGGGGAUGCUGUUGUGAACCACCACAGCGACGCAAGGCAUUCAGAAGCCAGGCACUCGGCAGAGAGAGGGCCUGCGGAGCUUAUGAGUGACGGAGCAGCAGAGGAGGGUGGGCACCCGAGGAAUCACCUGGGGCGGUGCCUGCAGGCGUGGGCCGGGAUGCAGGCGGAGGAGGGUGACAUGGUUACCAGCAGACAGCUGUUUCAACGGUCAAUGGUGACACUGACGCGGGGAGAACCAGGCCACCAGCAACUACAGGAGCAGCAGGGCAGAACAAAACAGUCGGGGCAAUCUCUGAAAGAUACUGGAAGCCUUGUAAAUGGCGUUCAUGCCUGGGCUAUGGCUGAGAAGCGCGAAGGGAACUUUCAGGCUGCCCGUAACCUGCUGGAGCAGGCAGAGAAGAUUCAGCCGGGCAGCCCGGUGGUUCUGCAGUCACGCGCUCUCCUAGAAGCUUCCGUGAAGAACCUGGGUGCUGCCCGGUGUUAUUUCAAGAAGGCCACUGCUGCUGCCCCUCUUGACGCUGCGUCCUGGCAGGCAUGGGCCCUCCUCGAAGCAAAGGCUGGCCGGGCAGACCGCAUGCGUUCACUCUUCAGCUCCGCACUAUCAGCCAACCCCAAGUCCAUUCCCACUCUGCACGCGUGGGCGUGUCAGGAGGCCCGCCUAGCCACACCUGAGAGCAGAGAGGCAGCCAGGAGGCUGUUUCGGAGAUGUUUGGAGGUGCAGCCUGGGUGUGUGCGGGCGCUGCAGGCGUGGGGUGUGAUGGAGCAUGCAGAGGGGGAUGCUGAUGCGGCAAGGAGGCUGUUUGACCGCGGCCUUGAGGCCGCUCCUCACUCAGCCCCCACUCUCCAGGCAUAUGCAUGCUUGGAGAGGCAGCAAGGAAAUCUAUUAAAGGCCCGCUCGCUCCUAGAACUGGCCCUAACAACCCAGCCGGGCAAUGCAGCAGCGCUGCAGCAGGCAGCAGAGGUGGAGGAGGCGCUGGGGAAUGCAGCAGGUGCGCAUGAGCUCUUUGUGCGGGCGCACCGGGCAGAUAGAAAGGUGGCGAGGCGACGACGGGGGAUGUAUGAGUCGGUGAAAGAGGGGAGGAGAGAGGCGCAGGCGAGAGGGGAGGUGCCGCGCUGGGUUGUGGGGAAGAUGAGGGAGCGGCUGUUGAAGAGGAGAGUUGAGGAAAUUUGA